AUGGUGAUCCUAAGGAUAGAGGGCAAAGUGAAGCUGAGGAGGAUGUGUCUGAGGAUGAGGUUGACGUUCACUAUGACCCUGAACAAGACCAAACAUCCGAUGAAGUGGACCCAGAUGUCACCGAUGAUCAAAAAGAGGGCACCGACAGAGAACAUCCUCAGAAUGACUCCAGGGCCUACUAGAUACGCGGUGUCACACGCCCAAGACAUCAAGUCAGCAUUUGAACUGUUCUUUCCACGACCUAUUCAGAAUAUCCUACUUGAGAUGACCAACAUGGAAGGAAGAAGAGUGUUUGGUGAUAGCUGGACAGAGAUGGACAAAACACAGCUCGAUGCCUACAUGGGACGGUUGCUUCUUGCGGGGGUAUACAGAUCCUGUAAUGAAGCUAUGGCCAGCUUAUGGCAUAGUGAGUCAGGACGCCCUAUUUUUCGUGCCACAAUGUCGCUUCAGUCCUUUCAUGCAUUAUCAAGAGUGCUACGUUUUGACAACAGGGAGACAAAAGUUGCUCGUCGUGAGAAUGACAAGCUUGCGCCUAUCAGGGAGGUUUGGGACAAAUGGGUGGAAAAUUUAUCCUUUGUGUACAAUCCUGGGCCAGAGUUGACAGUGGAUGAACGGCUAGUCCCUUUCAGAGGCCGCUGUCCCUUUAGGCAGUACAUGCCAAACAAGCCUGGAAAAUAUGGUAUCAAAAUCUGGGCAGCAUGUGAUACAAAAACUGCCUAUGCAUGGAAUAUGCAAAUAUAUACCGAAAAACCUGCCAGCGGAGUGCCAAAGAAGAACCAAGGCAAGCGGGUCGUCCUGGACAUGACCAAGGGUCUUCAGGGGCACAACAUAACCUGUGAUAAUUUUUUCACUUCCUAUGACCUCGCGCAAGAACUUCUAAAGAGGAAGCUGACGAUGGUGGGAACAGUCAGGAAGAACAAAUCUGAGCUUCCCCUAGCUCUUCUACGAACAAAAGACAGGGCUCCUCUCUCAUCAAAGUUCGCAUUCACAGAAAGGACCACAAUUGUCUCCUACUGUCCCAAAAAAAAAAAUGUACUAGUGAUGUCCACUCUCCACAGGGAUGCUGGUGUGAGCGGUAGGGAGGACAAGAAGCCAGACAUAAUUCUAAACUACAAUAAGAACAAAGGCGGCGUUGAUAACCUGGACAAGGUCACAGGCACGUAUAGUAUACAUGCAAGAGGGGGACAAAGGUGGCCAAUGGUUGUGUUUUACAACAUACUGGAUGUGUCUGCAUACAACGCAUUUGUGGUGUGGACUGAAAUAGAUCCAGGAUGGAAUGGAGAAAAAACCUUCAAAAGGAGGCUUUUUCUGGAGGAGUUGGGCAAGUCUCUGGUGUCUCCCUUCAUUGAAAGACGAGAGCGGCUGCCCCGAACCGAAGCGUCUGUUCGUUUGGUGAGAGAGCCUCAACCAACACCCACACCAUCAUUCUCUGAUAAGAACCAUGGAGGAGAUUCCAGGAGAAAGAGAAAGAGGUGCCAGUCCUGCCCCGCCAACAAGGACAGGAAAUCCAACACCACUUGCCACACAUGCAAGAAAAUCAUUUGCAAGGAGCACACGGUAACCAUCAAAUACUGUGAUUCAUGCAUUUGA